AACUAAUAUUCGUAGAAAUUAUAACAGAAAGGUUUGCAAGACUACAAACCAAUUUCAAAAAAAUGGGUGCUACCAACAGUAAGCCCCACUCCGCAGAAAUAGUUAAUCCCCACCCAUUUCAAAUCACUCGUGAGGUGGUGGAGCGCCUUGAACAGGCCCAGGAGCAAAAGGUAAAGACAUUAGAAAGAUCUAACACUUGCGAGCAGUGCAAGGACCAGGGUCAGUCUGUUUCCAGUUCGGGUGAUGCUCCACCCACUUUGGACCACCAGUCGAAGGCUAUUCCGGAGGCUGAAACAGUGGCGUGGUCCUGGAAGAAGCGCGCAAUGGAGAUGGAGGAAGACCACUUUGAAGAAUCUGUGAAGCGUGUAAAGGAGGUCUUUGGCACUCCGGUGAAGUGGUCCCAGGACAUCGACGGCGAAAUCAAAGAGAUGGAGAAAGAAUUGACCACUUGCUACAGGGAGAAUCCCUACGAGACCCUUCAGUGUGAAGCAUUGGCCAAGCAGUAUCAUUCAUUUAUUUUUACCAACCAUUUCAAAGCCAUCUCCAAGCUGGAACCAAAAGAGCCGAGACCAAAGUUGUCUCGAGUGCCCAAAGAGCUCGUCCAGAUCGGAGCCAAUAAGUAGAACAGCUCUGAGCCUAUUUUGGAUAUAGAGAACUGACCGAGAACGAUGCGAUGCGAGUCCUUGUCAUAAUCUGACAAUCCAAGCCAAAACACUGUCCAAUCACAUAAAUAUAAACUAUUUG